GAGCCACCGCACCCCGCCCCAAGCUGGGUCUUGAAAUAGACUGGAACGGGAAACGGAAAACAGCAAGGUUUUCCUCCGACCAGCGGGAGUCGCUCCGACGAGCAAGAGUCCCGCCCUGCAUCAGUUUGCGGAGCCGCCUUAGUAGAAAGAGAGAAGGGGAGUCGAGGAGGCACGGGACUGGAGGGACCGAAGUUCCCCGAUGGCGGCCCGGGGGUGCGCGGUCUCGCGGCUGCUCCAGCUUCUGCUGCUGCCGCUGCCGCUGCUGGCUGAGGGCGGGGCGCCCGCGCCGUGGCACGGGGAGGGCACCAGCCCACAGCUGCGGGACAUCUUCCUGGGCCGCUGCGCCGAGUACCGCGCACUGCUGAGCUUGGAGCAGCGGAACAAGAACUGCACAGCCAUCUGGGAAGCCUUUAAAGUGGCACUGGACAAGGAUCCCUGCUCCGUGCUUCCCUCGGACUAUGACCUUUUUAUUAACUUGUCCAGGCACUCUAUUCCCAGAGAUAAGUCCCUGUUCUGGGAAAAUAGCCACCUCCUUGUUAACAGCUUUGCAGGAAACACCCGUCGUUUUAUGCCCCUGAGUGAUGUUCUGUAUGGCAGGGUUGCAGAUUUCUUGAGCUGGUGUCGACAGAAAAAUGCCUCUGGACUCGAUUACCAAUCCUGCCCUACAUCAGAAGACUGUGAAAAUAAUCCUGUGGAUUCCUUUUGGAAAAGGGCAUCCAUCCAGUAUUCAAAGGAUAGUUCUGGGGUGAUCCACGUCAUGCUGAAUGGUUCAGAGCCAACAGGAGCCUAUCCCAUCAAAGGUUUUUUUGCAGAUUAUGAAAUUCCAAACCUCCAGAAGGAAAAGAUUACACGAAUUGAGAUCUGGGUUAUGCAUGAAAUUGGGGGACCCAAUGUGGAAUCCUGCGGGGAAGGCACCAUGAAAGUUCUGGAAAAGAGGCUGAAGGACAUGGGGUUCCAGUACAGCUGUAUUACUGAUUACCGACCAGUGAAGCUCUUACAGUGUGUGGACCACAGCACCCAUCCUGACUGUGCCUUACAUUCGGCAGCAGCCACUACUCAAAGAAAAGCCCCAAGUCUUUAUGCAGAACAAAGUGCGGUUCUUAUCAUUCCCCUCCUUCUGGUGCUGGCUUCCGGGACUCAACUGUAACUGGGAACUGUGUUGCUCUAACCCUCCUCCAGUCCUGCAGCCUCCCCUUGCAAUCAUCAUUCCUGUUCUGUGUAUACCAAAUGAUUCUGUUGUCUAAAGAAGCUCUUUGCUGGGACAACGAUGUCCUGAAAUGGUAUUUCAAUGAGGCAUAUGUGCAGGAUUUCAGAAAUAAGAAAUUAGUUCUAUUUAGCAGGUUAAAAAAUGCUGCAUUAGAAUUAAAGCAAGUUAUUUUCUUACUUUUAUAAUGACACAAAGCACUGGGAGUCAGACUGCUUGUAUAUUAUCAAACAUUUUUAGAGAAUUCUAAUAAAGCUAUAUUUUACAUCAUCUA